CUAGGCGGAAUUUGGGGUCCGCUCUAAGCUGCAGCAAGAGAAACAGUGUGUGAGGGGGAAGAGGCCAAUACCAGUAGCCCCGGUCUGUGUAUGUGUCUCUCCUCUCUUUGGGGUUGUGCAUGCAAAGGAAGGGAAAACGGGACUAAAUAUAUCGCAUUAGUCACCGCUCUUCCUACAGGGAAGGCACACAUUUAUUAAUGCUACCCGGUUGCAUGAGUCGGGGUUUUUUGUUUUGUUUUUUAUUCAGUACCUCUCAACAACCAAAUAAUUAACUGCACAAGCUCCUGAUCACUGACUGCACAGCCACGAGUCCUGGAGUCCGGUUUUUAUUUUUAUUUUUUUGUUUUUAUUUUGUGUGUGUGUGUGUGGUGCUGGGCACAAUAGUGGGAGGCUUUACCAGCGCGUGUGCUGUUUUCCUGAAACAUCUUGGGCAGAGAAAAAGCACUUGUGAACUGGAAUCAACUGCUUCGGGGAGGGGAGGGGGGAAACACUGACAAGGAGAGGGGGAAUUGCAGCAUUUUUAAAGAAACUCUGUUUCUGUUCCACUUUGAGCACUGGCUGCUGCCCCUAAAUUAAUAGAGAGCAAAGGGGGAAGGACUGCACAGAGCGCUGGAGACGAGCCUGUCUGGAUCUACAACUACUUAGCAGAGGGGCUGCGCGCUGGAGAAGGGCUGAGCAUUUCGCUGUGGUUUGGGACUGUUUGAUUCGUUCCCCUUCCUUGUUGUACCUGUUAAAGUUGAGAGCCUUUUUUUUUUUACGUUGCACUGGUGCCGAGCUGAGCCCCGGCGACGUCCCUGCAAGCCGCCGACGCCGCCGUGUGUGUGAGCCCCAGCGAUGGUGCAGCAGACUAACAACGCGGAGAACACGGAAGCGCUUCUGGCCGGAGAGACCUCGGACUCCGGGGCCGGCAUCGAGCUGGGCAUCGCCUCCUCGCCCACGCCGGGCUCCACCGCUUCUACCGGGGGCAAAGCGGACGACCCGAGCUGGUGCAAGACCCCCAGCGGGCACAUCAAGCGGCCCAUGAACGCCUUCAUGGUGUGGUCCCAGAUCGAGAGGAGGAAGAUCAUGGAGCAGUCCCCGGACAUGCACAACGCCGAGAUCUCCAAGCGCCUGGGCAAGCGCUGGAAGCUGCUCAAGGACAGCGACAAGAUCCCCUUCAUCCGGGAGGCGGAGCGGCUGAGGCUCAAGCACAUGGCGGACUAUCCCGACUACAAGUACCGGCCCAGGAAGAAGGUGAAAUCGGGCAACAGCUCCGCCAAGCCCGGCGAGAAAGGAGACAAGAGCGGCGGGGGCAGCCCUGGCGCCAGCGGGGGCGGCACUGGCAGUGGCAGCAGCGGGGGCAGCACGAACUCCUCCAAGACCGCCCCGAAGAAGAGCGGCGGCUCCAAGCUCUCUCCCGGCGGCGGCGGCUCCGGGGCCAGCAAGUCGCACGCCAAGGUGAUCCUGGGCAACAAAGCCGCCCCCUUCCCAGCCGAGCAGCCGGCUCAGGCCGCCCUUCUGCCCCCGGACCACCACUCGCUGUACAAAUCCCGCGGCGGCGCUUCUGGCUCCUGCUCGGCCUCGGGCAAACACCUCUCGGAGAAGAAGCUCAAGCGGGUCUAUGUCUUCGGCACCGGCGGGGGCCACGGGCAGAGCGCGUCCUCCUCCCCGGGGGGCGCCGUGCCGGCCAGCCCGACCCUGAGCUGCUCCACGGAGGCCAGCGACCCUCUGAGCCUGUACGAGGAGGGGAGCGCCGGAGGCUGCCAGCAGGACGGAGACUGCAGCAGCGUCUCCUGCCCUUCCCCGCCGGGCAGCAGCUCCCCCUCCGAUCACCGCAGCUACACCAGCCUGAGGGCCUCUUCCCCGGCCCCCUCCACCUCCCAUUCCUCCUCGGCUUCCUCCCAUUCCUCCUCCUCCUCCUCCUCCUCGGGCUCCUCUUCCUCGGACGACGAGUUUGAAGACGACCUGUUGGACCUGAACCCCAGCCCCGGGUUUGAGAGCAUGUCCCUGGGCAGCUUCGGUUCGUCGGUGCUGGACCGGGACCUAGAUUUUAACUUCGAGCCUGGCUCGGGCUCUCAUUUUGAGUUCCCGGACUACUGCACCCCGGAGGUAAGUGAGAUGAUCUCAGGGGACUGGCUGGAGUCCAGCAUUUCAAACCUGGUCUUCACUUACUGAAGAAUAUAAAUAAAUAAAUGCCGGGGAAGACGUAGACAUACACUAUUGAGAGGACUCGCCCACGCUGUUGGGUGUAUCUUUUUUCCUUGGAGGGGCAGAUGAAACUGACUUGCUGUGCUUUUAAAAAACCGAGAUGAUAAAAGGGAUCAUUCUUUUUUUUUUAAAAAAAAAUACACAUGCUCGCUCCCUUCCUCUGCUUGGAGAUAGACACACACACACAUCCCCCCACGCCCGUUCCGAUGCCUGAUGUUAAUUUUUAGACACUGGCGGGAGUGAUUUUUUUUUGAGAGCGAGAGAGAGAAGGGGAAAAACCACACACACCUCUGGGUUUUGAUUUUUUUUAUCCACUCUAUGUGAAGAAGAAGGGGGAGUGAUACAUUGUGCUGAGUGCAUUGGAGAUCUCGAGUAUUUUGUUCUGAGAGAUGAGAACUGUUUUAAAAAAAAGACUGCAGGGUUUACAUAGUGUGGGGGAAGGGAAGGGAAUCCUAUUUCGAUUUUUUUCCUGCAGCAAGAGGAGAUGAAGAUAAUAAGAGGCGGAAAGGGCGAAUUGAGCUAGAAACUGAACUGAGAUCCUAGUUGGACAGAGAAGAGGAAGGGGGUUGGGAUUUUUUUUUUUUUUUGCCUUUUUUUAAAAGAUGAACUGGAAACACGACUAGAGGAAGAUAAUAAACUGAUAUGCA